AUGAAGUCCACGCUGAAGCAGGGAUGCGAUGAUGACGCCCUAGAAGAAGAGCCGGCGAUCAACGUCGAUUACCUUUCGCACGCAUGGAUAGAAGAGGAUAUUUGGGCGACAAGGAGGUAUUUGCUUAAGGAGAAAAGUGCCCUGAAGAACGGCAUCCGGCUUGAGAAUGCGCUAUGGAGGACAUGGACGAAGCACCAACAGCAGCUGAACACUUUGUCACCUGAAAGUGUGAGUUGGGCGAAGGACAACGACAUUACCUGGCUCUAUGGUCCAUGGAAGCCCAUUGAGCCGUCGCUUGUGCAAACAACCUACCAAAGCUCACAGUUAUCAUCGUCCAUCAGAUCAGUGCUGAAGCGGCGGACACUGCUGUCGUUCACAUCCUGCAUUCAACUAAUCCCGAACCGCUCGCUAAAUGAACCACUUGUCCUUGAAAACGAUAUUCUCAAGCUUGGUGGCGCUCGAGCAUGGCUCAGAUUGUUAUCAUGCGUAGGUGCGUCCGCAGCCCGCCACACAAACGAGUGGUUCAGGCGUAUCUGGCCCCCGCUUCCGUCAACGAACCGCACAAAGGUUCACUUUGACCUGUAG